AUGGAAGGCCUCGUAGAUCCAGAGACAAUUUACAUGAAGCAGAAUUGCAUCGGUGGCGGAAGCUUUGGGAAAGUAUAUAAAGGGGUUGAUAAACGUACCGGAGCAUCCGUUGCGAUCAAAAUCAUCGACGUGGAGAAUGCCGAAGAUGAGGUCGAAGAUAUUAUCCAAGAGAUUGCUAUCUUGUCGGAGCUCAAUUCGCCCUACGUGACCAGGUAUCAUGGCUCGUUCUUGAAAGGCUCUAGCUUGUGGAUCGUUAUGGAGUUCUGCUCUGGUGGUAGUUGUUCGGAUUUGAUGCGCCCAGGCACAAUUCCGGAGGAGUAUAUUAUGAUAAUUCUCCGAGAGUUGCUCCGGGGAUUGGACUACUUGCAUAGCGACAAAAAGCUACACCGUGAUGUCAAAGCUGCCAAUAUCCUUCUUACAUCUAGUGGCCAGGUGAAGCUCGCAGACUUUGGCGUUUCGAGUCAAUUAUCAGCAACUAUGACUAAAAAGAAUACCUUUGUGGGAACACCAUUCUGGAUGGCACCAGAGGUAAUCAAACAGUCGGGCUAUGAUUAUAAGGCCGAUAUCUGGUCUCUUGGAAUAACUGCAAUUGAGCUGGCGAAUGGAGAGCCACCCUACUCAGAUAUUCAUCCUAUGAAGGUUCUGUUCUUGAUCCCCAAGAAUCCCCCUCCAACUUUGCACGGAGACUACAGCAGAGCCUUCAAGAACUUCGUGGAGCUUUGCUUGCGGAGGGAUCCGCGGGAGCGACCUUCAGCUCGAGAAUUGUUGGAGCAUCCAUUCAUCAAAAGAGCGAAGAAGACAACAUACCUAACGGAAUUGAUUGAACGCUACGAGCGCUGGAGCACUAUUCAUGGAAAAUCGACCGACGACGACGAGGAUAACUAUCAAGAGCCUCAAUCCAAAACCAGCCCAGUCGACGAAGAAGACGAUCUCUGGGACUUUGGCACUGUCCGCCCUGCGGGAGGACGAGCUCCUGCGCUGAAGCCCAUGAAAGAAGCAGACGUGAAUGCACGAGCUUAUGAUAUUGCUGAACCAAACCUGAAGGCAAGCAGCCGCAUAGAGCUUGCACGCGAUAAAACAGAUGCCCCUACUGUGCCGAUGCCGCUACCGCGUACUCCAGGCGCUAUAUCCGUGCCAUCGUCACCCUCUAAAAUUCCUUUGCCGCCAUCUCCUAUGAAGUCUUCAGCAUCAGAGUUCAAACCACAUACACCUUCUUAUCUAAAAGAGCCAGCUACGCGCCAGCCUAAAGAGAGUCCCGGCAAUGAGUACGAUAGAGCUCUACAGCAAGCGUUAGCCGAAGACUUGAGUUUCCUCAACCUUGAUCAAUCACCAAACAAUUCUCUAGUUUCCUCGAACAGUCGCCGCGAUGCUCAUGCAACACAGGGAUAUGAGAGAACGCAAUCAUCACAAUACACAGAGGAUGUAGCCUUUCGACAGAGCCCCUCUCACGCUGUUCCUGGCCCUUCAUCAAGUCAGGGAUUCAAACCUGCGGCAGAACCUACCCCACAUCGUCAGCUGUUCGUACCGCCGCAACCACUGCCUCGUCCUCCCCCUACUCCUAGGCACAUGUCACCGCAAUCGCCAUCGUCCCGACCCCAACAACUGCUAGCGCAAAACAACACACCUGCCCCAGUGAAGCAUAGUCGAAGUCAGUCUCAUAUUGCGACAGAAAGCUCCUUUGACAGCGCUUCACGGGCAGCAAGCAAUCAACCAUCACAGUCCUCAUCAACCGAAAUUACCGCCUUGAACAGUGUGAUAUUACCUGCUCUUGAAGCCGCCAUACGUCGUCGGGCACGCCGCUUAGAAAUUCUUACUCACAACGCCGCUGGCAAUAAGAGCACCGAUGUUUACAAACAGCAGGCGCGUCAGUAUCACGCCCACGAGAUGAUGGAGUCUCUUGUGGGCGAUCUGUGCGGGAUGUUCACAAGACUUGAACGUUGGGAUAAUGAGGCCCCUGUGGGAAUGGGUGCCCAAGUCUCGUCGUUCUUGGAGGGGUUCCUCGAAGAGGUUCUUGUUCGGAUUGAGCCAUCCGACGAUGAUUCGAACUCAAGCGGGGCUUAA